CUUGUUAAUUUUAUCCAGUCGGUACGUACCCAGAUUGCGGUUCAAAUUAUUCGAAAAUAACCAGUGCUUGAGAGUUAUUAGAGGUUCUAGUUGUGAUUUACAAGAAAUUAACAAUAUGGUCAAAUCAUUUAUGUAUUUUAUGAGUUUAAAAACAGGAGCCGCUAUAAUGGGGGCCACAAAUAUUAUGUUCUCUAUAACCGCCACUGUAGCAUCAAGUGUAGCACUGUAUCACCACCAAACUGGAGAAGACGAGCUCUAUUUAAUUUUAGCUCUUAUCUUGGGAAUAUUCAACAUAUUUGUUGCUGGUGUUAUCAUAGCGGCUUUGGUUAAAGGGUGCGAAAAAUAUGUAUUUCUUUACAUCAUUUUAGAAAUGACGAAUCUUUUUAUUAUCACAGUUUUUGCUGCAAUCAACGUAUUCGAAUAUAAAUCAUUUAGUCUUGCUGGUCUUCUACUUGUAUGUUUCUUUCUUUGGUAUGGUCUCUACUGUAUGGUUGGAUUCUACAACGAAUUAGCAGAAUACAAUAGUGUGAAAUCAGGCGUUAUUGAAAUUACGUGCAACACCAACAUCAACCCAGUAGUUUUUCCUGAAAAAGCCAUCGAAAGUACCGCAGUGUAACUGAAGAAUACAUGCUUCAUUUAUAUGUUUGUGACUAUUAAACUACUUCACUUUGAAGAACCAACAAAAAACAGUUUUUAUCAAGUUGUAAUUUGUAUUACUUACAAAUCUUUAUUUGAAGGAAUUUAGAGAAAUCGGAAAGAUUAUCAUUAAACAAAUAUAUAAUUUCAAUCUCUGUGCUAAAUUUAUUAAAUUCUUUGGUAUAAUAUUAUUAUUAACGUUAAAUUAAUUUCGUGUCCAACCGUAGCGACCCAGUCCGACCCUGCUGUUUCUUUACAGUACUCAGGAAAUCUAUCCAUACAAAAAGUCUUGCGGCGCCUUAUCGUUAUUUUUGGAAGCGCGUUUACAUUUAAAUUACUUGUGGUGAAGUAUUUUGUUACAUUUUAAAGUUGAAAAAAAUCGUAUUAUUUUAAAACAUACUCUCUUGUGAUUAUUAAAAGUAAAUCGAAUCAAUAUAAAUAUUUGAGGUUAGAUUGAAUGUUAAGAAUAUUGAGAUUUUUGGCAUACUAUAACUAAAUAUGAAAUAUUGUUGGUAUCGUAUCAUAAUUAUUCAUGUAUUUAUCUUGUUAACGUGAUAAUUGAAUAUAAUUUUUUUCUAUCGUGUAUAAUUUAUAUAAUUAUAAUUAAAAUUGAUUUCUUAGAAACGUAAACAAACAGCAGGGGCGGAUUGGCUCGGGUGAUUCUCACGUUAAUACCUUCUAGUAAGGAUUUUCAGAUUGGAAUAAAAUUAUUUUGAAAACUCUUUCUUUUGAUUUAUAUCGAAAAAUUAGUAAAUUCGAGUAGGUGAUUUUGAAAAAUAUAAUAAAUGUAUAGGCAUUUAAAACUGUAAUAUUUAUUAUUAAUGUUGAUAAAAAAUAUGUCGAGUUAGAUUAUUCAUUGAAGAAAUAUUUAAAUAUAAAUUGUUCAAAAGAAAAUAGCUAUAAUAUGAAUAUAAACAUAGAAGGAGCUGUGUCUUUUUUAAAUAAUAAAAAACGGUUUAUUAAGAA